UAAAAAAUGAAGCGCAAAUUACUUUUAUUUAAAAACCAAAGAUUAGAAAGUAUUUAAUCAUAAAUUAUUGCACUAAUCAAAGUCACUAGUGAUUUGAAAGAGAUAGGCUGUCAAAGAUAAAUCUGAUAUGAAGUCAUACUAAUGAAGAAUUGGCUGUAUGAAUUCCAUCCAAGGCCGUUAAACUUAAAAAAAAAAGGAGAUAGGAUUCACAUUCAGAACAUACUAUGUGAAAUUUCAACAAGAAAUGACUAAUUUAAUAUUAAGAUUCAGUGCUAUCAAAACUAAAUUCUUUGCACUGACUGUGUUCGCCCUAUCUCUGUAUAUUCUGUUUAUAUAUUUACUAAGUGAAAAAUUUUAUUUUGCUAACAAAAAGUUGCCACUUUCAUCGGUGGAAUUACCCAAUGUUGUUGUGCAUAUCGAUUUGAAGGGGACACCGCUGAAGCUGACUUAUUUGGAGUCACUUUUUCCUUUGAUGAGAAGGUAUGGGGUAAAUGGCCUUCUCAUGGAAUAUGAAGAUAUGUUCCCAUAUGAAGGUAAUUUAGCCAACUUGAGUGCCGAAUACUGUUACAGCAGAGUUGAGCUCAAGAAAUUUCUUCGUAAAGCCAAACAGUCAGGCUUUGAGAUUAUUCCACUGAUACAGACUUUUGGACACUUAGAAUAUGCUUUGAAACUAGCUGAAUUCCAACAUUUGAGGGAAGAUCCAUUGUAUCCAGAUUCCAUCUGCCCUAGUAAAAUAGAGAGCUUACUCUUUCUAGAGGAAUUAAUUAAACAAAUAAUAUGUUUCCACGAGACUGUUACUGCAUUGAAUUUUGUCCACAUCGGUUGCGAUGAAGUUUUUCAUUUAAACCAAUGCCAACAAUGCAAAGAGAGAUUGGGGAUUAUAAACAACCAAGAUCUGUUGCUACAACAUGUACGGUUUAUAUCCGAAGUCGUGAACUCCUUGAGUGCGAAAACGACAAUUCUCAUCUGGGAUGACAUGCUGAGGGAUAUAAAGGCCUACGUAUGGUUAAAUAUCGAGCCGUUCAACAACGUACACCCAGUGUAUUGGGACUAUGGAUCGACACUGCGAGUGACGCAUAAAAACCUUUAUGCUUACCAUAAGAAUUUUCCUCACAUUUGGAUCGCGUCCGCUUAUAAAGGUGCCGACGGCAGGAUCAGUACAAUGAUGAACGUCAGAGAACGAUUUCUCAACAAUUUUCGUUGGAUGCGGUACAUCCUUGACUACAAAUUCGGUGGUGAAGCUUCCUACACGUUUAAUGGGAUUAUUCUCACUGGCUGGUCCAGAUACAGUCAUAUGGAUCCCCCGUGCGAACUACUUCCCGUCUCGAUUCCAAGCCUCGUCCUAAAUUUAUUGGUCAUUCAGAAUUUCAAAUCAGGCUUUAGUGGCGCUGGAAUUAAUAAUGAGCGCGUUGUUGUUGAAAAUUUCUUUCGCGAGCACAUAAAUGUCGAGUUGAACAAAAGCUUUAAAUGUCUAACUAACUAUGAUAAUCUAGACUUCAGUGUAUGCAAAUUCGAGGGGCAAGAGCUUUAUAAAAUUAUGAUACAAUAUAUUUUAAUGAAAAAAGAAAUUUCUAAAGAAUUAAGUAGCGAAACCAAUGCCAUUGCUACUUUAGAAUAUUAUUCAGAACAAGGAUCUAUAAACAUGAACAACGUACUCGAAAUAAAGGAAUAUUUAGUGACAAAACUUGACUAUUUAAAAAAUUUAGAAAAUCUAUUGGUCAAAGAAAUAUCAAAAUAUUAUCACUACGAUUUUGCAAAGGAAUAUACCAAAUAUAAAAGCUUUCAAACUAAGAAUAAAUUGACUAAAUUAUUAAAUAUUUUAAAUAAUUACAUGCAAAAAAGAAUAUGGAACAGAAGAACCGUAUCGAAAAUAUCAAAUGUCUCAACUCAAGGUUUAUUGUAAUAAAUUGCAUUUACACUAGUUUUUUUUUGUGUAAGCCAUAAAAUCAGACAUCAUAGGCUAUCGUAAGCCCUAUGACUAACCCGAGGCAUUCGACAGCCUGUCAAAAAUAAGUUGUUAAUCUUUAUAUCUUUGGGCGCAUAAUACUUAGUAGUUUCCGAAACUUAGUCUUAUGUCAAACUUAAAAGCUAAUCAUGUUUAAACCUCAUUAUAUAUCUAUUACACUUGCGCUUAACAACUUAACCUUAACUAGCCUCAACUUCAUUUAUAAUACGAUUUAAAAUACGACUUUAAAAAAUACUACUAAAUGCACAAUUAUGAACACAAUUAAAAUAUUUUCUCGGCAUAUUACCCUGCAAGUAUUUAUGUGGGCCUUUAUAACAAGCACCUAAUUUACUAUAAGUCAUGAACCUAGCAGAGUGCAUCGACUUUUACAAUGACUAACACCAAGAUGCUCAACCGAAAUUUUACUGAUUAAUAUUUUAUGAAAAAGCAAAUAUGUAACUUAUACCAUGCAUACGCGUUUCUACAAUUUUUUUCUAAAAGGAUUAUUGAAUAUCAGUAUUUUAUGUAGGUAUAUGUACAACCUCCACGCAAAUACUUUACGAUGUUAUAUCAACUUUUUCGCUUAACCGAACCACCAAACUUUUAAAAUACCGCUCUUGCAGUCCAAAAUUAAUUUGUAAUAAAAUAUUUUCGCCCUUAACUGAAAGUUUUGAAAUAUGCAAACGAAAAACUUAAUAAUCGCAAAUUUUUCAUAAAAUAAUAUAGGUGAGGACCAAUUUUUGGAAUUAUUAAAAUUAUUUAUCAAAAUAAAUACAUCAAAAUAUUAUCAAUUUAUUUGUGAAUAAAAUCAAAGAACAAAUCAACAUAAUUAUGUGAAAAAAAAUCAGAACUGUCAAGUUCCUCUGCACGUAUUUUAAAUUUUAAAAUUGUUCAUAACCCAUAAUUGGAAAAAAGGACCAUAUUUUACCAGCCCAAAUUUUUCUUUACGACCCCGCUUGUGGGCAAGCUGUUUACAGUAUAUUUAUGUGGACUUUUUGUACAUAAAAUCAGCUGUUUUGUUACUAAGGACACCUUGGACAGCCGCGCCUGGUGCUUGGUAUCCGCUAUUACUUAGCCCAUAGGAGGCUUGAAUUUCUCCGGCGGCCUGGCAACCUUGACGGAUGAGUUUGUUUAGUCUAGACAAUUACAUUGUCAUUUGAAGUUAGUUUGUUGUAUUUUUAUAUAAUUCAUGUUUGUUUUUUAUGCCUUUUUUAGUUUUAAUAGUUUAGUGUAAUAUUAAUUUAUUGGUCUUUACGCUCUUUCUGAUUGCAUGUCGGCAAAUUCCGUCCCUGGCAGUGACAGCGCGUACAAUUAAUAAAAUGUCCUAAGUGUUCACAACCCUGGUUUCUUAAAGGUAACCGGGGGUAAUAUACACGCUGGCAGCGGCACAUAUACUCCUGCUUCUUUGCCAGCAGUUUCUCCAUCUCUAAAUUCGGGCAACCAACCACUUUGGCAAACUAUUGGUAAUUUUAAAAAUGCCCUUUCCGUUCUAAAAAGAACCCCUCGUUCUGCAAGGCCCUCAGUCGCUGUUUCUUUAUCACAAUGUAUCGAACAUGUGCUAAGAGCAAACACGUCCAAGAGGUGGGCAGAACUCCUAAUAAUUUCCUACACAAUUUUACAUAAGUAUUAAUCAAAAUAGUACUUGUUCUUCACUCACACAAAAAAUAAAGGAGAAUUGUCGCCUAAAUCCUUCUGUUCAUUCUUUAGUCAUUCCUGCCUCUCGGCCUCGAAUUCAGCAGUUCUCCCAAAAAAAUGUUAAAAAUCAUUCCUCACAUGCUGGUCGAGUCUCCUGGCACGCCUGCAGCAAUGACGUCAUCCGCAGGACUCUUGUCGUUGUCUAUGUGCCAGCGGUUAUAGAGCCUAGUGGCAUCUUCUGUGACGAUGGCAAGAGACCUUACGGAAAGAUGAUCAUUCCUUGGAAGCAGGGUCGUCCUCUUGUAUGGGAUGCAACUUGCGUGGAUACGCGUGCUCCGUGCCAUACAGGUAGUACCUCCCUAGCUGCAGGCACAACGGCGGCCUCUGCUAAGUGCUACAAGCGGUGCUAAUAUUCAGCUCUCAAUGUGAGCUACAUAUUUGUGCCGUUUAGUGUUAAGACUAUGGGAUCACGGGGCCCAAGCGCUCGUUACUUCUUUAAGGAAUUAUCUAAGAAACUCACUAAGGUAACUGGUGAUCAAAAUGCUGGUACCUAGCAUAUAUACCUAGUCAGAUCAUAAAUUCUGUUACAUGUUUAAUAUAAAAUAAUUGAAACAAGUUUAUUCAUUAUGUAACCAUUUAUAUACCAAAAUGAACUUAACAAAACAUAGAUUCUUAUGACGAUAAAGUUUAUUCAAAAUGACCUCCGUGAUUUUGAAUACAGGCCUUCAAUCUGCGCGGCCAGUCGUCUAUCACAACACGAACUAUCAAGGAUGUCUUGAGUGACUCCUAAUUGGGAUGAGGCUUUGAGCACGCCUUUUCCUCCAAGUGUUGCCAUAUCUUGUAAUCUAACGGACUCAAAUCUGGACUGGAGGAGGACCGGUCUUCGUGCCGGAUGAAGUCGAUUUCACAGCCAGUCUUGUGUGCUCUUCGCUCUAUGAGCUGGCGCCGAAUCUUGUUGGAAUACCCAGUGCCAGUUAUUGAACAUGGUAUGAGAAACAGGUUCCACAAGGUUCGUCAGGACUGUAUUUUGAUACACAACUACAUUUUUACACCUUUCUCACAAAGAUGUACCUCUGUUAAGCCCCAAUAAGAUACUCCCAACCAUACCAUGAGCGAGGAUGGAAAAUGUCCUCGUUGGACACGCGGAAUACGGUUGCUCGCUUCUUCACUACUGUGUGCGUACACCUUAUCAUUUUGUUGGUUGGAGCUCUCUUCUACGGUAAAUUUUUUUCAUCCGAAAAAAGAAUUUCCCUAUAUUUUUUUCCCGCGUACCGCUUCAACAAAGCGCUACAUCUCUUCAGUCUCAGGUCCAUUAGACGAGCAUUCAAACGAUGUCCUGUUUUUCUUCGAUAUGCCCGAAGCCCUCAUUUAACACCCUUUUCACCGUGGUUCUGCUUAACCCCAUAUGAAGGGCCAACAGUCUCUGUUUACGUUUGGGAUAUUUUGAAUUCGCGACUUCACAGCUUUUAUCACUGCUGGAGUUCUAACAGACCGAGGGCGACCACUUCUUGGCCUGUCAUCUAGACUAGAGUCUUUAUUGUAUCGUUUGAUGGUACAAUAAACAAUUCUUUUGGUUAUAUUCAAAAUUUUCAGUAUGUCAAAAAUUUGAAUUGGCGCGUAACCAACGAUGCAACGCAAUAACUGCAACACGGUCUUCUUUAAGCGUCCACUCCAUAUUUAAAAAUGAGUAAAACUCAAAAAAGUUCACAUUUUUAUUUUCAUGAACAAUUCGAAUACGAAUUCAAUAAACUUUAUUGUGGCCAGCAUUCUAAAAGAAUAGUUUUUACUGUGUGACAAAUACUUAUGACCUGACUGUGUACAUAGCUACCUUGGUCAACCGAUCAGCCUUGCUAUCCAAAGAGGAAAUGCUGCCAGCCUAUUAUGCACCAUUCCUGCCGGCGGCACUGGGAGUGAUAUAUUUCUUAUUUUGUAAAUUUAUUUUAAUUUAAGUAGGUAAGUUUUAAGAUAAUUAUAAUUUUAAGUUUUUAUACAUUAAGUGGUUUAAAGCUUUUGUAAUAUAAAUAUUUCUAUGUAAAAAAACAAUUAAUAUAAUAAAGGGGACAUAUUUAAGAAAACAAUCGUUUUACAAAUACCGCUACAAUUGGCCUUUUUAGGAACAUAGGUAUAUUUCAUAGCCCGUUAUAAAAACAUAA